GGACAUGAACUGUCAUAUAAUUCUAUAAUACGUAGUUAUUUAAUUAUGAACAAAUUCAGUUUUAAUUGUUCAUACUAAUAUUCUAGUUUAUUCUCUCAAACAAGGAACAAAAGAUGUACGAUAGAAAACCAAGAUCAAUGAACUUGAAGUGAUGAAAUUUUCGAAAUCAAGGAGAAUUUAUUUAAAAUUAGAUUCAUUAUUGAUGGUGUCGAUAUUGCUAACAUCGUCUCAUGAAUCUCAUUCAUUCAAAUUGGAGCCAAAAAUAAGAACUGAGUCUCACAAUAUAAGCAUUACUGGUGAAUUAAUUCCAAGUCAAAUUUAUUUCUUUUACCGAAAUGGACACAUUGCAAGUCAGCAUCUCUCUGCUUCGCAAUUCCAAGCAUCUAAUGAAGCCUUCAAAGAGCGUAAAAUUGAUCGUAUACGAGAUAAUGAAAAAACCGAAUAUAUUAGUAUGUUUCCGCCAACGAGGGCAGUUGAAGAAAAAGCGUCCAAUAAAAAAACUCUUAGAAAACGAGGACUCACCAUCGAAGAUGCACAAUCUCAGGAGAAUCUUGACUCGCCGAAAAUUUUAUUUUCGAACGAUGUGAACGUAACCCGUCGGUUAUCAGAUGUGAGUGAUGUGAAAGAACAACUCUACCCACUCACUGGAAUUUUGAAUUUAAGUACAAACUCAAGUAUAAAUCUUCCCAAACCCCAAACCUCUGCGCUUACACGGGACGGUGUGGUCACUACCAACCCCGUUCAAAUUGGCAACAAAACGAACGACUUGAGUGACGCAUACAGUGGAACUUCAGAUGCGCUCAAAUACGUGAAUUUUUCACUAGUCAAUCUCGCUUAAAUAACAUUAAGGAAGUGCAAGUGUCCGAAAAUGCACAUUAGCAUCCUGCGUCUCAACGGAAAUGUUUGCUCGCCGACCGAUGUGGCCCCUAUUGACGUUUUAAUCCGACCUAUCAACAAUGACAUUGUUUCUAUCAGGGAAUCAAACUUCGGGGCUGUGAAGGUGGAGGAGUUAAAAUGUAGUUAUCCAAGCGAGGUUUUGCUCAUGUCUGAAAAAGAUUAUAUAAUGUUGCUGUCAGGGAAUAUUAGACACGAAGUUUAUAAUACUCUGAUAUCGUCGGACCAAUACUGCCUUGAAUACAUCCAGCACUCAAAUAACAUGACAGAAUGGGUGGCCAUGGCCUGUGUGAAACCUCCUUUUGUACAAAAAUGUUGUUCUGAUGGAUAUUUAUUCGAUGUACAAAAUCUGCAAUGUGUAGAAGACUUGAAGAACUUUGAAAUCAGACCGGGAGUUUACGAGGUCUCAGAGAAAUCUAUUUUUCAACCUCCAAUCAUAAUAGAUGACGAAGCUAUAUCCAGUUUAGGCACAGAUUUCACCUCGCGAAAAGGCUUUCCUACAUGCUCUGAGGGCGAAAAGUUGUUUGAACUAAAAAUAGGAAAUUAUUCCAGUAAUAACAUUGAAUUAUUGCAUUAUCUUCAUGAAGUGAAGCUUUUCGUUGAUCACAACAACUUCUCACUCCAAAAGUACUAUAAUAAAAAUGAGUUUUGCGUUGAUGGACCUCUACCUGAAUACGAUGAAAAUAAGGAUUUUUACUCAGCGGUAUUUUGCUACGAUGAUCCUCAGGUUUUGCACCACGAUAGAUGCACCAAAAAGAAUAAGCACUGCAUAAGGAAAUGUUGUCCUACUAACGAAAUCAUCGACAUGGUAUCAAUUGGCUGCAAAAGUCCUAUGUCGUACCGCUACCUCUACCAACCGACUUUCUACCAGUCGUCAUGGUACGACCACAUGGUUCCUGUGAACAAAGCUAUCCCCUACGAGGUAGUUUUUGGGGAGCCUCUCUGCUAUCCUGUUGAAUCUCAUGAAGAAUUUUAUUUACUAGACGAUGGCACGGUGUAUAUUCCAGCCAUACAGCAGCUCUUCACAUCGGAGAACUACUGCGUCGAUGUCAGACAAGGAUACGUCAACCAAACAGAUGUGGUUGUGCACUACUGUCCACUGAAGGGUCGUGACACGUGCUGGAGGUUGCGUGUGACACUUUAUCCCGUGACAAUGGGCGUGUCGUGCGUGUUCCUCAUGUGCACGUUGAUCCUGUACAAGGUCGUGCCCGAGCUCAGGGUGAACAUCAGCGGCAAGAGCUUCGUGUCGCACGUCUUCUCGUUACUCGUCACUUUCAUCUGCUUCCUCGUCAUCGUCGUUACCAAACUCAGCGACCGCAGCACGGUUCUCUGCCAGGUUGCUGCUUUCCUGUUGCAGUACAGCUACCUGGCGACUUUCUUCUGGCUCAACGGAAUGUGCUUCGAGAUGUGGUACAGAAUACGUUUCCUACCAACGCAGUCAUCCUCACCGUCGGAAGCGCGCCACAAAUACAAGCUGUACUCCGUGUACGGCUGGGGGGUGCCUGCCCUGAUCACCGCUGUCACCGCCGUCGUCCACUUCACCGUCUCCCAGGAGUCCAAGCUCGCCCCCAACUUCGGCAACCCGUACUGCUGGUUCAGAGAUGAGCCCGCAACAUGGCUGUACUUCAGUGGUAUCGUAAUGCUGCUGUGUACGACGAAUAUCUUCUUCUUCACUGACCUGGCAAAGAUUUCAGUGAUGCAGUGUUUGGGCAGUUCGCUGAUACACGUGUCGCGGCAGCAGCAUAUGGAGAGGAUCAUGCUGUGCCUGAAACUAUUCAUCGUCAUGUGGGUGACGUGGGUGUUUGAGGAGAUUUCAUACGCCGAAGGAUCUUUCUGCAAAUGGAUUACAACGGACUUGAUCAAUAUCCUGAGAGGCCCUCUCAUCUUCUUUUCUCUUGUCUCCACAAAAAGUGUAAUGAGCAAGCUGAAGGCGAAGGCAGAGGAGUUGAGUGUGUGUGCGUGCGGGCAGCGCCAGCAGUUCUCACAGAGCGCGCUGUCAAAGGGCCCCGCUGCCGCCUCUUCAGAACGCAGGGUCUCAACACUGGCAUUGACUCGAGCCAGGAAAUUUUCAGCGGGCUUCCUUCCCACUGAAUCCGGGUCGCACAACAGCCUCACGUCCGUGAAAACCCAGGAAACUUCCAUCGACCCAAAAUCCGACUCCUCGUUUAACGAAUCCUCGUCGGACAGCUGUCGCCGUGAGAGCUUCGAGUUGAGUUGUUCGGGUGCUUGUGCAUCAGAGCCUCCAGCGUCACUCGGCCUAGGGAGUCGCUCUGAAUCUCCUCCGCCCUUUGCGCCACCGGCUUCUGUGGUUCCUGAAGAAGGCGUAGCGUCUGCCGUUCCUCAUAUAGAAUGAGGUCGGACAGAGCCAAUGCGGAGGCAGCCAGGGUUUUUGCACUUACGCUGCGUAACGCAGGGUAAAGGCAACCUGGUAAAAUGAUUUAGUCAUCGUUCAACUCGUGGCGCCAUACCCUCGAUCUCAAUCUUUCAAUGAUUGUUAAUUAAACUCUAAUAAAUUUCAUCCGCGAUGCUCAAAAUUAAGUGCCAUCAUUCACUUAUUCAUUGUUUAAGUACAUCUCCUUGAUAUAGAGUUCAACACUAAUAUGCUGCUAAGCUUUUUGCAUCGAAAUUGAGAUCAAAUGUUGAUCUAACUGAAAUCAUGAAACCUUUGCUCGAUAAUCGAGUCGUCAACGAAUAACGAAUGUGAUUAGAUUCAGAGGAAGUUAGUGUGGUCUCCAUUUUAUUACAUGUGUUUAUGGAACAUUCAUUAGCUGGACGGUUUUAACCAUGCUUGCAAUCUAUACAAUAUUAGAUAAAAUAUUGUUAUUUUUUCAAACAACUGUAUUACACCUACAAAACUAGCAGACAAUCCUUCUGAUCGAUAAAAUAACUGAAAAUUAUUUCCGAUGUCUUAUUUUCAGACUAUCUCAUACGGGACCAGUUAAUUGAUGCAUGCGUUUCCAGACUCGCGUCUCUAUUGCUUGCUUAUUAAUUAAGAGAACCCGGCCUGUACUCCUGACCUGCAGUGUUCAUAAGUGGACGAACCUACAAAAAGAAUCAACCUACAGAGAAACGUGUUCCUUAUCAUUAACUCGGUCACACAUAGCAACCAAGUCGAUCGGUCGUACACACUACACAUUUCUUCUCUUUCUAAUGUCAGAUCGCAACCCCAUCUGUUUAGAACUUUAAGAUCAACGUUCAAAGUACGAUUCUUUUAAUCUAAGUCGAUGCCUAUACAUGUAUUAUUUGAAGAGAACCAUUUGCUGUUUAGUGAAUACGAGUAAACGAGAGACGUCUGCAAACAAAGUUUAAAAAAUUUGAGGGACCGAAGUGGGACGAGGAUAAAAUAUCAGCGACAGUGGUGUGUUGUGUUUUAUAUUUACAAGAGUAUUGUUUGCUAUUAUUAUUAUCUAAAAGAUCGUAUUUCCAUUUGUUAUCGUAAAUAUAUUCAUAUGAACUUUAUGAGUACUAAGAUCCAAAUGCUAUACAACUAAAAUAGCAAUUGCUGCAGAAUGGCAACGAAAUUUACCGGUUCUUCGGUUCUGCUUUGCAAAAAAAGUUCCGAGAAACGUAAACUAGAAGAAUGUUAGAAUGAAAUAAUGUCACUACCACCAAAUUAAUUUGCAUCCAAGUGUUCCAGUAUGAAAAUAUUUUUAUAAUAAGAUAUUAAAGAAAAAAUAAUAAAUUGCGCAUGGUUUGCUCGAACCGGAAAGAUCUGUAAUGAUCUGUAAAAUAUUAUCUAUAUUCGCCUUCCAUUAUAGUUCUAAUAAUACGAGUUUUGAACGGUGACUUAUGAUCUUGUGAUCUUGUGAUGAGUUUAGGACUUCGUAGUCCACGGUCACGCUGAUGCGCGCCGCCUUCGUCGUCCACCGUCUCCGAGUCGUCGCUAGGCAGGUCUCGACCUAUUUUCAAAAAAACCUACUGAAACCUUCAAAGUCAUGUAAUUCUGUGCCAAAAUAUUAUGAGUUAUACAGAAACAUUUUCAAGUUAUAGUUCCCUUAUCUUACCUGAAAUAUUUUCAAAAAUAUUUUAAAGUUAUUCUUCCCUUACUUUACCUAAACCAGAUGCUGGAGGUUCGGAGGUUCACCAUGAAGAAGCUUGAUUCAGUGGACGAUUCAUUAUACUCAUGCCUGAAUCAGCGUUCAAAUCCCACGAAUCCAGAAUGUACGUUGUGAUGAGAUGUCCGACAUACAGGUUUAUUGAUUUCUUUGUAGAUCAUUAGAGUUUUAUGUGUUUGGCAAUCAGCCAUAAAUUUGUUAUUUUUUUAAGAAGUAAUCAUUUAAUUAAAU